AUGACGGAACUGGUGAAGAAAGAACUUCUGAGUCGUUCAGAUAUGGAAGUGAAAGUUUCUAUUGCAUCAUGCAUCAAUCAAAUUUUGAGAAUAACAUCACCAAACGCUCCUUACGGAGAUGAGCAGAUGAAGCUAGGGCGUGUUUGGAUUGGUGCUAAAAAUGGAAGAGAUGAAGCAGAAGAUCAAAACCUAAAACAGGAUUUGAUGGUGGCAGCAAAUGCACAUAUUUCACCUCCAUCUUCUGUUGAAGAACUUCUUUCUUUUCUUGAAAGUGAGUCCAAGUCUACCCUAAGGGCUCUAGACCCUGCAAUUAAGGCACUGACAGCAAAAGACCUUUUCAAUCAUCUGGAUGUGGAUGUCAAAGUUUUGGUUGUGUUGUGCAUCAAUGAGAUUAUGAGAAUAACUGCACCAGAUAUACCUUUUGGUGAUGAACAGAUGUUGAAGAUGGAUGCUGAUUUUUUGAAUUUGAUUCCUUCAAUUUUUAGAGAAAACCAUCCAGAUGUUGUCUUUUCAUCCAUGGGAAAAUCUCUGAAAAUUGUGAUCUCGCAAGUGGAUGGGGGCGAAGAAGAAAAGGUGGCAAACCUGAACAAGUCAGAGAGUUUGUCAAGUGAUGAUAUAAAGAAUGGUGAAGCCUCACAGCCUAAGAAUGUCCUCCUUGAAAAUCAAUCCAAGGGAACAAGUGUUCCAAAAGGCAAAAGAUCAAGUAACAAGGUUGAUUCUGAAAAUGAUGGUAAUGAGAUGAACUCGGUCCUCGGAGAUGCAAUGUUGAAUGGAGCUGGUAUAAGUGAUGAUUCAGAAGGCAAACCACUUGAGGCAAUUUGUAUGAAGGAUGAUUUACCUAUAGAACGAAGACCAGUAGAAAGAGUGACAGAAAAUCGUGACUCAAAGCAUAUUACAUAUAUGCAACAAGCUGAGAAGUGA